AUGUCAACUCAUCACGCCGCCGCCGCGUCCACCGACGGGUACUACCGCUACCCCGCGCUGCACGGCGACACGCUGCUGUUCGUGUGCGAGGACGACAUCUACGGCGUCCACGCCACCCUGGGCGGGCGCGCGCACCGCGUCACGGACGCCCCGGGGCCAGUCCGACGGCCCGUGAUCAGGCGCGUCGAGACUAAAACGAAUUCGCACUGCCCCGACGGCGCGCUCGUCGCGUUCACCGUCUCCGAGCCCGACGGCCACGAGGAGAUCUACGUCGUGAGCGUCGAGGGCGGGCGGAUGCGACGGCUGACGCGCGCGGGCGCGGACUUCGCGCGCGUCGCGACGUGGUCGGAGGACGGCGAGGUAGUGUACUUCGUAACGUCCGCGUCGCGGGCGUUUCCGGACGACGACACCCUGUGGCGCGUGCCCUCGCGCGGCGGCGCGCCGGAGAAGAUGACGCUCGGCCCCUUUCGACCGACGCCGGCGGCGACCGACGGCGCCCCCCCGCGCCCCCCCGCGCGGCUGAUCGGGCGGCACACGGAAGACCCGUCGAUCGCGCACUGGAAAGGGUACCGCGGCGGCGCCGGCGGCGAGGUCUGGCUGGACGUCGAGGGCGUCGGCGAUUUUAAGGCGCGUUCUAUACACUGCAACGGCUCUUCUUCGUCCGACGCGACCGUGCUCCGGGCGACGCUGACGCCGCGCGCGACGGCGCCGGGCGAAGCGCACGGCGCGCGGCACCCCGCCGCGGACGCGUCGCAACGCGCGGACGCGACCGAGUCGCCCCCGCUCAGGGUGGCGUUCGUCGCGGGCGGACGGCUGUUUAUGUCCGAACUUGCGUCCGACAGUAGUGCCGCGUGUACGACGAAAGAGAUCGCGGUGCAGUGGACGGGCGCGAAGAGCGAGCUCGAGAGACGCGCCGUCGACGAGCCGUCGGAGUUUCUCCAAGACUGGAGCCUCCACCCGGAGGGGCUCACCCUCGCGACGACGAUCCGCGGCAGGGCGUUCACGAUGGGCCUGUGGGACGGGCCCGCGUUGAGUUACCCCUUCGCCCCGCGCGCGAGGCUCGCGUCGUACCUCUGGGACGGUAAGCGGCUCGCGUUCGUGUCCGACGCCACCGGCGAGGACGACAUAGAGAUUCACCGCGAGGACGGCAAAAAGCCCAGGCGCGUUCACGUGAUUCACACUGGUCCCCAUACGACCGCGUUCGCGUUACGCAUGGGGUUGCCGCCCGCGCUCCUCGGUCGGCCGAUCUCCCUCGCGCCGUCGCCGGAGGCGCCGCUUCUCGCGGUGACGAACCACCGGAACGCGUUGCUCAUCGUCGACGUGGACGCGGGGACGUGCCGCACCGCGGACGUCAGCGAAGAGCAAGGCGGGAUAACGCACGUCGCGUGGUCGCCGUGCGGAUGCUGGGUCGCGUACACGAAGAGGGUCGACUCGGAGACGACGUUGAUUCGAAUUUUAGACGCGCGAACCGGCGUGACGCGCGACGCGACGACGCCCGUGCUCGGCGACUGCAACCCGGGCUGGGACCCGGCUGGGGAUUUCCUCUACUUUCUGAGUUCGCGCGAGUUGGAGCCCGCGUACGACGCGCAUCGUUUCGGGCUGAGUUUCCACGGCGCGCACCGACCGCAUUGCGUCGCGUUGCGCGCGGACGUGAAGAACCCUCUCCUCAAAGCGCUGACGCCUCCCGGGGACCACAGCUCAGACAGCGAAGGCGACGGCGACGACGACGGUUCUGAUUCCGACGAUGACGAUUCGUAUGCCGACGGUUCGGAUUCAAACGACGAAGAUAAGUGCCCGCCGAUCGUGAUCGAGUGGGAAGGCUUACGCGACCGCGUCGUCGCGCUGCCCGUCCCCCCCGGGCGGUACGGCCACGUCCGCGGCUUAGACGACGGCAGAUUCAUGUUCGUGAAGUACCCGAUCCGGCGAGGCGGGAGGGACGCCGGCGGCGUCGGCGCGUUGUGUAAGUUUGACGUCCGUCGACUGAAGACCUCGGUGCUGAUCCCCUCCGGGGUGCGGUCCGUCGUCCUCAGCAUGGACCGCCGGUGCAUGCUCGUGGAAAAGUCCGUGGACGGAUACGUCGAGCUCAGAGCGCACAAGGCGGGGACCAAGCCGGACGAGGAGGACAGCGACGGCGAAGACGUCGACGAGGACGCGUUCGAUCGAAGGUCCGGGCUCAUCGACAUCGACGGACGCAUCGCCGCCGAGGUCGACCCGCUCGCGGAGUGGACGCAGGCGCUGCUGGAGACGUGGAGGAUAUGCAGGGACGAGUGGUUCGACGCCGGGAUGGCGCACGGCGACGCGCGCGGCGUCGCGGACUGGGAGGGCGCGUUGACGCGACACGCGAGGCUGCUUCCCCGAGUCGCGUCCGUCGCGGAGUUGUCGGACGUGUUGCGCGAGAUGACCGCGGAGCUGCGGUCGUCACACGUCCACGUGAGCCUCGGCGACGCCGGGUCGACCGCGCGCCGACGUUCGCCCGCGCCCGGGCGGCUCGGGUGCGACCUCGUGUGGGACGCGAAGAUGCGUGGGUAUCGAAUCACGCACAUCGUCGGCGGCGAUCAGUGGGACGAUCUCACCGGGGGGGCGCUGCGCAAGCCGGGGUUGAAUGUCGCGGUCGGGGACGCGAUCGUCGCGUUGAACCGCGUGACGUUGACCGAGGAGGUGGGCGUGGACGAGGUGUUGACCGGGAAGGGCGGCGCGGAGGUGAUGGUCACGUUCAAGCGCGGCGACGUCGUGUCCGUCCGCGUGCGCGCGAUGCACAGCGAGCUCGACGCGCGGUACAGGGACGCGGUCCGAGACCGCACCUCGAGGGUGGCCAAAUUAGGAAAAGACCAAGUCGGGUACCUCCAUCUGCCGGACAUGGAGCGCACGGGGUACUCAGAGUUCUGGCGGCACUUCCCGCGCGAGGUGAAGAAAGGCGCGCUGAUCGUUGACCUCCGCGGGAACGCGGGCGGGCACAUCAGCGAGCUGCUCCUCGCGAAGCUCGCGCAACGACCGCUGGCGUGGGACUACCCGUCGCACGCGUGCGGCCCGCUCGUCGUCCUCGUCGACGAGAACACCGGCUCCGACGCGGAGCUCGCCGCGGAGGCGUUCCGCGCGCUCGGGCUCGGGGUCGUGGUCGGGUGCAGGACAUGGGGCGGGCUGCUGACGACGAGCGAGUCGUACGGCCUCGUGGACGGCGGCGAGGUGUCGCUGCCGCAGUCCAACGUCGCGCUGUUUAGGGACGAAAAAAACCGCGGCGUGACCCCGGACGUGGUCGUGCGCAUCUCGCCGACGGACCACGCGUUGGGCCGCGACCCGCAGCUCGACGCCGCGGUGGAGGAGGCGACGCGUUUGUUACGGGAGCGUCCGCCGCCGAAACCGCCGGGGAAGAAACGCCCGGAGGAUGAGCGUUAUGAUGACGUGACGCGAGCGACGCGCGCCGAGGAAGCGUUCGCGGGCGGGUCGAAGCACCUGAAGCGGUGGCCGUUCAAGACGUUCGCGCCGUUCCCGCAGAGCGACAGCAGCGAAGAGGCCUCUUCGGACGACGAGGACGACGAGGACGCGACGGAAUCCGAGUCGGACUCGGAGCGCGAAGACGCGAACGCUCGGCGCGCCCGCGGCGGCGGCGGCGGAGGAGGAGGAGGACGGAAGUUUAAUAAGCCGAAGGGCGCGAAGCCGAAACGGUGAAGGAAGAACGUCUGAAGUGAUAUUAGUAUUUCAGACGUCCUUGUGAAGGAAGAUGAACGAC